UCUCUGGACAACGAAUGAAUCUGAAAAGUAUGAAGACUGCAGAGAGUAAACCGAGCCAGCGAGCAGGACAGAGCCGGUGUUAGUGAAGAGGAGGGACAGAGAGGAAGACAGGGUUCCGGUUCUAUAAGCUUCAUUAGCUUAGCCUAGCCUAGCCUAGCUUAGCGAGCUAACACGCUGAUGCAGCCGCGGCUGAGGAGAUGAGGUGAAUUGUACCGCUGAGCAGGAUGACAUCCGGCGGAGGGAUAUCCUGAGGGUCUGGUGGGUUUGCUCAGGUGAGGUUGGUUAGUUAUGAGCAGGUUCAACAGCACAACCUCCUCUCUGAGCUCCUCUCUGAGCCCGGACGGCACCAACACCAACAACAACAAGCAGUGGGCUGUGAGCGGAGAUGUGUUCCCGUGCUGCCUGGAGGUGAGCCCCAUGGACGACGCGCUGCAGGCCGGGCUGCUGCUGGACCUCAGCUCCCCGACGGUGUUCCUCCACGGCGGCUCCCUGGAGUACAGCGACACGGACGGCAUCAGCAGCACCGCCUGCUCCUCCUCCGCCGGGCCGCUGUUCGAGAGGAGGAAGAGGUCCCGCUCCAACAGCUCCAGGCACCGCUUCAACGAGGUGGUGACGGAGCUGGGCCCGGAGGAGGUGAGGUGGUUCUACAAGGAGGACAAGAAGACGUGGAAAGCCUUUCUGGGGCACGACUCGCUGAAUAUAGAGCGAAUGUUUCGGAAGUAUUGUGAGCUGAACCCGGGUGGGGAGGCCUCCAGGCUCGGCUGUGGAGGAGAGGAAGACUGCGGGCUGAACGGGGUGGUGCAGGUGGAGACCAGGUCCUUGGACGCAUCCACAGCGUCCUCGGAGGAGAGGGACCCAGAGGGCAUCGAACUCAACGUGGAGCCCGUGUGUGUCCGGGGAGGGCUGUACGAGGUGGACGUGAAGGAGAGGGAGUGUAACCCUGUCUACUGGAAGCAACAAGACCACAUUCCAGUCAUGAGGGGCCAGUGGUUUGUCGACGGCACCUGGCUCCCGCUGGAGGAAGAGGAAAGCGACCUCAUCGAGCACGAUCACCUGAACCAUUUCCGCGGGCAACAAAUGCAGGACACCUUCGACUCGGACCUGGUGGUCAGGACCGUCGACAGCAAAGACGUUCUCUCCCACCUGCCCCCUUUCUACCUCCCCUUUCUGUUCAAAUGGAGUGGAUAUCAGACGAGUGCUAAAACUACAUGUCACAAGCGCAAGCGCUGCCAAGCCAUCCACAGUCUGAAGCUGAGUCGGACCCAUGUGGAUUGGCACAGCGUGGAUGAAGUAUACCUCUACAGCGAUGCCACCACUUCAAAAAUUGCACGGACCGUCACCGCGAAGCUGGGCUUCUCCAAAGCCUCCAGCAGUGGAACGCGGCUCCAUCGGGGUUUUGUUGAGGAAGCCUCACCUGAGGACAGGCCGCCUCAGACUACACACAUCGUCUUUGUGGUUCAUGGUAUCGGACAGAAGAUGGACCAAGGACGCAUCAUUAAAAACACUGGAAUGCUGAGGGAGGGGGUGAGGAAGAUGGAGGAGAAGCACUUUUCGGAGCACAACGACGAGCAUGUUGAGUUCUUGCCUGUCGAGUGGCGCUCCAAACUUGCACUGGAUGGAGAUACGGUGGACUCAAUAACUCCAGACAAGGUGAGAGGACUGAGAGAUCUACUCAACAGCAGUGCCAUGGACAUCAUGUACUACAACAGCCCCCUUUACCGGGAUGAGAUUACCAAGGGCCUAACACAGGAGCUCAACAGACUGUACACACUUUUCUGUUCCCGGAACCCUGAGUACGAAGAGAGGGGAGGCAAAGUGUCAAUAGUGUCCCACUCCCUCGGCUGCGUCAUCACCUACGACAUCAUGACGGGAUGGGAUCCUGUGCGCUUCUGUCAGCAGGAGCAUCACGCCGUGGAAGAGGGGCUGGACCUGCGAUGGAUGUCCUAUGAGGAGAAGCACGUUUUAGAGCAGCUACAGCUCACGAGGGAGAGGUUACAAGAGUUGGAAAGUCAACUCCUCACACUGGAAGCCUCCAAACCUCCAGCACGGCCAGCCCUCAAAUUUAAAGUGGAAAACUUCUUCUGCAUGGGUUCUCCUCUGGCCGUGUUCUUAGCUCUGAGAGGGAUCCGUCCUGGUACCAGCUGCCACCAGGACCACAUCCUGCCCACCUCCAUCUGCAGCAGGCUCUUCAAUGUCUUCCAUCCCACGGACCCUGUGGCCUACAGACUGGAGCCCCUCAUCCUCAAACAUUACAGCAAUGUUGCACCUGUUCAGAUUCACUGGUGUAGCGCCAUUACCCCCGCACCUUACGAUGAGCUCCGGCCCACCUAUCUGACCCCAGUCAAAGACCCGACAUCUGACACUGAGAGCAUCCCCAGCCCGAGCACUUCUCCUGUACUCGCCCGGAGGCACUAUGGAGAGUCCAUCACCAACCUGGGCAAGGCCAGCAUAAUGGGAGCGGCUAGCAUAGGGAAGGGCAUCGGAGGCAUCCUCUUCUCACGUUUCUCCCGCUCCAACAGCCAGCCCUCGGUCUCUUUAGGACUGGAGGGAGUGGCGACCGCUGAGGAAGAGGAGCAGAAGCGGACAGAAAGCCAGUCGGCAUACGGCCUCUCCACCUUGAUUCGGCCCACCUCACCCAUCACUGACACAUCAUUGGAGCUGGAGCGGCGGGUCGACUUUGAGCUCCGGGAGGGUCUGGUGGAGAGUCGCUAUUGGUCAGCUGUGACCUCACACACGGGUUACUGGUGCUCGCAUGACAUAGCACUCUUCCUGUUGACCUUCAUAUACAAGCAGAAGACGACAACCUCUGACACAGCAGAAGAUACUACGGAGCCAGACUGAAGCAGCACAUUCGUCACACUUGAAUGGUGUCUUAUAACCCUGAAGGGGGUAUGUUAACUUCUUGACAAGACACAAAAAUAAACCUCAUUCAUUUAUUUUCAUGCACACAAACUGCUUGAAUACAAGAAUGAUAUUUUUUUCCUUAUAUCUCCCUGUGAUCCAGCGCUUUUAAAACGCGGGAAUCGUUACUGACAGACUGACUCAAUUCCAAGAUGUGCAUUUUUUUCUCUUUUUUUUUUUUUUGUGUAGUUUGUACACAGUUGCGCACCCUAAGGGUGACAAUGUUGGACUAGGAACCCCUAAGGAGGUGCCACCCAUUUGCCAGUAUGACCACAAGUUACACAUAAACAUGGAAUAAGGGUUCUAAUAAGUUCAAGCCAGAGGAAGAGAGUUCUAACUUCACCCCCAAAUCUUCAACCUUAAACUGCUGGGGCCUGUUGCUAAGUGUCCAUACAACUCCUGUUAAUCAUUGCUUAGAUUCAGCCUCCCCCCAGCAGACUCCCUCUGGAGCCUUGUGACACACAUGGCUGACCCUCGGUCACUGAGGCUUCGAGUUCUGCGUCUGUUACUUUUACUAGGAGAGAGGAAAAUAAUUGUCAAAAUAUUGUAAUUCCAUCUUCAAAAUAAACCUUUUAACACUAUGAUCUCAAAAUGUAAAUGCUAACAAGCAAUUGCAAUGCCUUUUCAAAAUGAUCCAAAUAAUUUCACAAAAAGGUAGGGCAUCAUCCCUUUAAUAAUGUUUUUGAAGUUGUUUUUCUUUCUCUGAUUUUUUUGUGUUUGCCUCUUUUUUAACAUUGUCUGACUCUUUAAAUAGAUUUGCACCAAAUAUAACAUGAACAAAGCGCCACUUUUAUAUACUUCACAGUUAAACAGUAGUACCAGGCACAAAAUGUCUCUUACUAAUACAACUGUUACAGCUUCACAGCCUACAGGACAUAUUUAGUUCACAUUUGAUAUUUGCUUUACAUACAGAGGUUUACAACCACACAAGGCUUGCAUCAUAACGUGUAUAUCUUCGCUCUAAAAUAAGUGCCGAACAUGACGAAUGAUUUUCGUACACCCAAUUUCUUUUUAAACAUUGAUGUCAUUUACAAGACUAGAGGUCUCACACAAAAGAAUCACAGUCAUUCAAACUACUCCUACCAUGUUAAGCAUAAGGUAUGGAGAGGAUUUCUGUGCUAUAUCUUUAUAUUGAUAUCCAGAUGAGAUCAGUGGUACUAGAUGUAUUUUUUCUUAAAAAAAUAAAUAUUUUUUCAAGUAAUUUUCAGGCUCUUGUGGAUAUAAACUGGGAUCUCAUCUCUUGGAAAAUGGGAUUCAAACUUGUGGCCAAAUAACAUAUGUGUCUCUAGCUUAUUAGCUUAUUGGCAUUAGUAAUUAUAAGGCAUACUUUGUGAAAAAAAGUAAUUGAUCUAGGGUAAAAAUAGCGUCUUUAUUGUUUUGGAUCUCUUUUGCCUUUUCUUGUGACCAAUUUUCACUUGCCUCAUUUAAGCAAUGUACAUGUCAGUUUGUCUUUUUUAUUUUUGUUAAAGAAGUGUUUCUUUAGUCUUAAAAAACUAGACAUCAGACUGUGUGUUUUUGCCUAAAUGACACUACUUGCAAAUUAACUCCAAAAGAAAAAGUAAAUGUGGGGAAAAAACAAAAAAUUCUGUUUUCUAAAAAUGACUUUCGCUGCUCAUCAUGACUCUUGCCUUAUAUUUGUCGGAGCCGUAAUGAAAAAAAAACAAAAAAACACUCCUGUAAUGAUGGAUCGCAGAAGUUAGACCGCCUACUCAAUUUGCAUGGUGUUAUAUUAAUAGUAAAUGGAUGCUCGAACACGACGACAUUGCAGAGAGUGCCAACACACAUCUAAGAAACUGCUUUGUUCUUUAUUGAGUAGAAAUCCACUCUUGAUUGUUUAUGGACUUCUAAUGAAAUCAUUUAUACGACCUUUCCAAUGGAUGAAGAAAUGGAAUUGCCCCUUUUAGAUUGGAAUUAGUCACAUGUGACAGACUUGAUUAAUGUCAGUGUCAAUUUUUUCUUUGUGUCCUACUUGUUAUAAUAUCGUAGUUAUGAAAGUGCUUAUUUUUUUAAUUUGCUUUGGUUUAAGCUGCUGCUUAACUGUUCCACACAAUCAAGGGCUGUCGAUGACUGGUUUACCACUGAAUGGAAUCAAUUUCUUGGUAUUUAAUGUCUGUGUUUUUUUUAUGCAAAAGACACCAGGCUGCCUCUCAGAUGAGCGGAUAGGUCACAAUAAGGGAGAGUGAAAUGAAAGUGUUUCUUUCGUUGAUCUGGCGGAUCUUGCCCAUUCUUAUGUAGAAAACAGCCCAUUACUGAUGUUCAUUUUAUUUUUGCCGUGCAUGUGUUACAUUGCAGCAGUAGAUGCAGAAUGCAAUUCUAAAAUGUAACUUGGACGGUAGGCUUGCAGUUUGCCUUUGAGACCUUAGACGUGUAAUGCAAAACACAAAUACAUUUCCAUUGUUCCCUCUGUAUCUUUAAGUCACACUGUGUGGGUUCAGACACAGCAAAUACGUAAUGCAAGACUGUGGACAGACCAUAAUAACGAUGACAACGUUCCUGUGUUUGUGUUUCUAAAAUGUAUGUUGACUUUGCACAUUUUUCAUUCUAGCAAUUCUUGAUUCAAGCACAGAUUUUAAAUUGUCUUCUCUCUGCUUGCAAAAAAAAAAACUAAACUGGAGAGCAUUUAACAAAAAACUUUUGUCAAGACCCAUCAUACUUUUGACUGAAUGAGCAUUUAAUGCACAGCAUUCUUGAAUGAUUUAAAAAAAUAUUUUUCUUGUUAAAAGGCAUUGCAAGCAUCAGGGAAAUGUCUGCUGUGACAUGUUUUGUCAAUCUCUCACUGCUGUUGACACCAGUUUGAAGCCAUUAUUGAGUAAAAAAAAUGAAGUCACAGAUGUGUUGUCAGACUUUUUAAUGUUCAGUGGUAAAUAAAGAAGGGCCUGCAGCCAUAUGUAAUAAGUCACUGGGUGAGAAAGAGGGGAAAAAAGCAUUGAAAUUCAUGGCGGGUGUUUUGAAUGAAAUGUGAUUAACUGUCAGUUACCACUGUUCACUCUAACUAUGAAUGAAGGUCCAGAGAGUGUUUGUUUUUGUCCGUCCUUUAGAGCUGUGCAAUAACCCAUGCCUGUUAUGGAUUCUAACUGCCAUCCAAAGCACUGUAUUUAUUUUCCUUUUAUUAAAGCAUUUCCUUUUUGGAUACUAUACUUCUU